GUGGCUGCUGGCUUGGCUGGCUGGAUGGCAACGACAGCAGGCAGGGCACCACAGGCACCACCAGCAGGACGAAGGGCAUGAAGGCCAAGAAGGCCUCCCACAAGGUCAACCGGCAGCCAGCUGCAGGCAUGGUUGCAAAGAAGAAGGACAACAAGCCCAAGGACAAGAAGAAGGCAGACAGCGCCACCACGGAGAACAAGAAGCACAAGCAGAAGCAGAGCACGACGAAGCGAGCCACAACCAGCAAGACCUCCUCCGCUACCAAGCCACGCACCCAGCGCUUGUCAACCAGCAACACAGCGCGCAGCCAGCACCAACACCAACACCAGCAACGCCAACAGCAGCAGCAGCAGCAGCAGCAGCAGCAGCAGCACACUAACGGUAAGCACCAUGCAGCACAACCCAACGGCGAUGGCAUGGGGAACAGGGCAGCGGCGGCCAACAGCAAGGGCAAGCAAGAAACGACACAGGUGACAAGCACCACCACCACCACCAGCAGCAGCAGCAGCAGCAGCAGCAGCAGCGGGGGCGGCUUGAACGGUGACAGCGCUGUGGGUACGCAGCCAGCAUCAACAGCAUCAACAACCAAAAGCAGCGGCACGACCAGCGGCAGAAGCACGCCCACGGAGGGAACGGCAUCUCAAGCAGCAGGGCAGCGACGCAGGCAACGGCAAUCCCGACGCACGGAGGUCGAGUACACGGCCAUGAACCUCGGCGAUGACGACGAUCUCCUCAGCGACAUCUUCAUUGACACGGCACUGGGCUUCCAGACCCACAAGAUGAACGACAACUACCGCCGCGCAGACGUCGACCUGGCUUUGCUGGAAGAGGCCAUGCUUCGGCUCACCUGGGAGCAGGACACAGACAAGACCUUCCAGUACCUGUUUGGUGGCUACAAGGCAGGCACAGCACCAGACACGGGCGACCAAGCACAAGGGCUAUCGCAAGAUGAACACGGUCAGGCUGUUAGUGCUGACCAGCAGACCGAGAAUCAAAGCAUGUCCCAGCAAGGCAGCACAGCCAGCACAGCAAACACAGCCAAGACAGCACCACCAAUAGAGCCCACGGAAGCAACCAACGACGAUCACGCGCACAGCUCCACCACCACUACCACCACCACCACUAAUACGGACACCAGCACUGCAAAGCAGAAGCCGAAGGCAUACAAAGGCAAGGACAAGGGUAAGAAGGGAAAGGGCAAGGAUAGUAAGCAACUGCGCGGCAGUGAUAACACGAGCACAUCACGGCGCCGGCGGCACUCAGCACCUGAUGGCUGCGCAGACAGCACGGGUGAACCGCCAGCGAAGCGACACACCACCACAGCUUCCUCAGCAACCAACAACACUGAUAACGACGACCACGACGACAACGGUGGUGUGGAGAGCCAGAUGGAUUGCGACGCGGCUGCCAGUGACACUUCAGGCGAUGAUGUGAUUGACGCUGACAGCGAUGAGAGCCUGCUGCACAGAGGCAUGGUUGUUCGGCCCACUAAGACGGCACUCGCCAGACUGAUCGACCCCAUGUUCAAGGAACAUGCAAUGAGGUACAUUCAGUGCUUUCUGCCGCACGCCGGGUUUGUGAUCGUGCCAUGCUACCGCUACGCCAUCGCCAGUCGCCGCGGCGCAAAAGUCCUCGCCACCCGCCCAUGGCGGCGUGGCGACACCAUCGCGCUGCUGUGCGGGUGCAUUGCCGACAUGAGCGAUGGGGAGGAAAAGGCGUACCUGCGACCGGGCGUCAACGACUUUUCCGUCAUGUUCUCCAAUCGAAAGGACUGCAGCCAGUUGUGGCUUGGCCCCGCCGCCUUUAUCAACCACGACUGCCACCCGACGUGCAAGUUCACGGCAGCAGGCACCACCGCCACCGUCACUGUUCUUCGCGACAUUGACGUCAACAUGGAGAUCACCUGCUACUACGGAGACAAUUUCUUUGGACCAAACAACUCCCACUGCAUGUGUGAAACGUGCGAGCGGCUUGGGCGCGGGGCGUUUGCUACGAAUCCGGGAGCACUGGACGCCGUGCGGUUGAAGCAGCCGACGCCGAGAGUACUGCAGACUGCCCCCGCAUCCAUCCCACCCGAGGUGUGCCUGUCCAUUCCCCGCUACAUGGCCGUGUUCGUGCGCCUUGAGGACUCCAUCGACAAGUUCUGGGCGCCAGCCCUGUUGGUGCCGCGUGAUGAGCGGGACGAGCGCAUGCCAUCGUGUGCAACCGACACAGAGGUCGUCCGCUACUUUCGCGACGCGGCCUUCGGCACGGCGCCCGUUGCACGCAUGUUUCCGUUUGUCGUCGACGCCGCCCCGUACUCAAACUUCUCCACCGCCCUCGGCCCCAUGUUUCUGAUGGAUCCAGCUGUUCGCGCAGCAACAAAAUUCGCAACAACAGGCGUUCUGGACGAGCGCAUGCGGUGGAGCAAGAUGCAGCUGCCGGUGACCGCAAACAACACAUCCGCCACAAAGAUGGGAAAGGGCACGUCCAACGCACUGCACAAGGCGAGUGUUGGUGAGCUGUCGCUGACAACGGGCAGGCACGCGCUGACGAAUCACCGCAUCAUGGUGCUUGGUGAGCCGCCAAUCCGGGCGCCAUGCAUUGGGCGCGUCGACGACGAGCGCGUGUUCGUCUCCAUUGCGCAGCGCCGCCAACGCCUCCCCUGCCUCACCAUCACAUGGGACGCGCAGCUUGCCCUGAACCGAAAGCAUCCAGUUGCAACGACCAGCAGCGCUGCCUUGAGCGCCACGGACGAUUCUGCUUCGAACGCGAAAACAAGGGCAUCACAGUCGCGUCGCACCAGUCGCAGCAGCAGCAGAGCAAGCACUGGCGGCACUGGCACUGGUGAGCAGCAGCAGCAGCUGGUGCAGGAUGGUGGUGGGAGAGAAGAGGGCGGUGGUGAUGGGGAAGGGCGCCAGGACAGUCAGCAGACAAUCAUGAGGCCUGUGGAGGGCGACCCGCUGUUCUGUUUACAGCGCCGUGGCGAAGGCACCAACUAGGGAAGCACGCGUGCUCGUGCUUAUAGGUUGGAGGGUGGGAGACGCUGACGGAGAGAAGAAGGGCUGUUGGGGGCACGGUUGGACGCAUGCGAAGUUGGGGGGGGGAGAGGGGUUGCAUGCAGUUAACGAGAGGCCUGCUGUUGGUUACACUGCACCCACGCAGCAGCAGCAGCAGCAGCAUGGGCGAGGCGAGGCGAGGAAGAUGGCUUUGGUUGGUCUGUUGUGUGCAAGAGAGAUUGUGUUUACGUGCGAAGCUAGAUGGAGAAUGCGAGGGUGGGGUACAGAGGAUGGGCAGCGGCGUGAGUUAGUUGCAUGAGCCGUCUGCUGGGCCCGUGCGCCAUCGCUCGUCCACUUUUGAGCAGUCAAACUGCGGCUUUCCAAGCCUGGUUAUUGUGUUGUGUUGUGUGUGUGUAUGUGUGUGUGUGUGUGUUGUUAGACGACAAAGAGUAUGGCAGAGGAGCUCGAAAUAUUAAACGCCACCAAGCAGCA